AUGGACGACUAUAAGCAAUAUCUAGCUCAGAAAAUCCUCACCGAGGAUCAGCUCGUUACUUAUCGACUUCUAAGUCGGGCUUUAAAGGUUCACGUCAAUACCGCCAAGGAGAUGCUCUAUGAGUUCCAUAAAUGGCAGAACCCCAAACGCCCAGGGUCCCUCCAUGCCACGUAUAUCGUCUAUGGGAUUAAGAAGAACAUAGUAAAAGUGGAAGAGCGCGAUGGCGAUGUCGAGAUGACUGAUUCACAAGUCUCAGAAGAUCAACAGGUCCCCUUCUCAGACGAAAUACCCACUUAUACACUCUCUUUAAUUAGAGAAGAGCAACUACAAGAUACACUGGCGGCAUAUGACGAAGUCACAUCGAUACAUAUCUAUAGCUUAGGCCCACACCCGCUCAAGGACCUCCAGCUACUGGCCGAUACGGCCCGACAGGUCUUGUCACUAUCAACUACGGGUGAUCUACCAGCUUCAAGCAAAGAUUUUGGUUCGAUCGCUAACCCUCAUGUGCGCAAACGGGAGCGCCGUGGGCCAGCUUCGAGGCCAGUUGCUAGUGCACCCGCCGCCAAACCCGCACCGCAACCUCAAGUUAUCAAGGAGGAAAAGCCAACUACUGUGAAGGAAGAACCCAAAUUGGCUCCUCAAGCUAUUGCCAAAGGGCCAGCACCAGCUGCUACUAAGAAGUCCACCGCAGCUGCUCCAAUGAAGCGCCAGGGUUCGUCGGGCAUUGGACAAAUGUUUGCUAAGGCAGCCGCCAAACCCAAGAAACCUGCUGCCAAACCCGCCGCAGAGGAAGACCAGAAAAUGGCGCUAUCCGACGACGGAGAAGACGACGCGGAGCCAAUGCCAGAGGCGAAGGAGUCGGCUAGUGCCAGACAAUCGCGAAAGGACCGUCAAGCAGAACUUCGUCGCAUGAUGGAGGAAAGCGAAGAUGAAGAGCCCGAGAAGGAAGACAGUCCUGCUGAGGAACCGGAGGAAGAAGAGCCGCCACCUCCCGAGCCUGAGCCCAAGACAGAGGAACCCGCUGAGAUAGUAUCGAGCACGGGUGAUGGCAGAAAGAGGGGAAGACGACGGGUUACACGCAAGAAGCAGGUUAUGGACGAUAAGGGAUACCUUGUGACAAUUCAAGAACAAGGCUGGGAGUCGUUCUCGGAGGACGAGGCACCUCCGCCACCUAAGUCGAAGCCCCCACCAGUCGUCAAGUCGGAACCCGCCGCGAAAUCCAAGAAAGCGGCGGCGGGUAAGGGUCAGGGAAACAUCAUGUCUUUCUUUUCGAAGAAGUAA